AUGCAGUGGGGUGUCUCCGGGGCCACCCCGGGGUCUCUGCAGGGUGUCUUGGGGGACACAGCGAGGUUGCCCCCGGGGCAUCUCCCUGGGCGCCAGCACGGCAGCGCAGAGGUAAGGGGCUCCGCGGGCACCCCGGGCACUGUGGGCAUCCUGGUCACCGCGGGCAUCCUGGUCACCGCAGGCACCCCGGGCUCCACGGGCAUCCCGGGCUCCACGGGCAUCCCGGGCUCUGCGGGCAUCCAGGGUUCCAUGGGCAUCCUGGGCUCCACGGGCAUCCCGGGCUCCGCAGGCAUCCAGGGUUCCACGGGCAUCCCGGGCUCCACGGGCAUCCCAGUCUGCACAGGCAUCUUGGGUGCCACGGGCUCCAUGGGCUCCAUGGGCAUCCCAGGCUCUGCAGGUUUCCUGGGCUCCACAGGCAUCCCGGGCUCCGUGGGCAUCCCAG